UUUCAGGUACAAAAACUGCUCUGUAUGUGUCCAGUGGAUUUCCAUGGGAUCUUCCAGUUAGAUGAACGUCGCAGAGAUGCUGUUAUUGCUUUAGGAAUCUUUCUAAUUGAAUCUGACCUUCAGCACAAAGAUAAUGUGGUUCCUUACCUCCUCCGACUUCUGAAAGGUCUUCCCAAAGUCCAGUGGAUAGAAGAAAGCAAUGCACGGAAAGGCAGAGGCUUGCUUCCAGUGGCAGAAAACUUCAGCUUCUGCUUGGUGACAUUGUUAUCAGAUGUCGCUUACAGGGAUGCAUCUCUCAGAGAGCAGAUCUUGGAUGCGAUUCUACAAGUAAUGCAGUUCCUGUUGGGAAUGUGCCAGACCCCACAAAUGCAUGAUAAAGAAUAUUUAUGCAAGUAUGCAGUACCCUGCCUGAUAGGAAUUUCUCGAGCCUUUGGUCGCUACAGCAAUUCAGAGGAGGCUCUCCUUUCAAAGCUUUUUCCAAAAAUACCCCCGCAUUCUCUGAGAGUUCCAGAAGAGCUUGAAGGAAUUCGCCGACGAUCCUUCAAUGAUUUCAGAUCAAUUCUUCCCAGUUCUCUACUCACUGUUUGCCAAGAAGGAACGCUAAAGAGAAAGGCCAGCAGCGUAUCUAGCAUCUCACAGGUUAGUCCUGAACGUGGAAUUCCUCCUCCCAGUUCUCCUGGAGGAUCUGCCAUUCAUUACUUCGAAGGUUCGUAUCUUCCUGAUGGGAGCGCAUUGGAUCCUGAUUAUUACUUCUCUACAAUCAGCUCCAGCUUUUCAGUUUCUCCUCUCUUCAAUGGCAUCAACAAUAAAGAGUUUAACAUCCCACUGGAAAUGCUCCGCCAGCUGCUGACCAUGGUAAAACAGAUCGUUGGGGAUUCUCUGCUAAAGACUUUAGAUGCAGUUUUAGCUGAAGUUUCAGAGACAGGCGCUAGUACAGAUCUCUACUAUAAAACAUUCAGUGACCCUCUUUAUCUUGCUCAGUUUAAAAUGCUAAGAGACACGUUGUACUAUAUGAAAGACCUUCCCAAUGCAUUUGUGAAGGAAAUCCAUGACUUUGUGCUGGAGCAGUUCAACAGCAGUCAGUCAGAACUUCAGAAGAUCCUUCACGACGUGGAUCGAUUGCACCAUGAGCUGAGUCCCUUGAAACUGCGUUGUCAGGCCAACGCUGCCUGCGUGGAUCUCAUGGUGUGGGCUGUGAAAGAUGAGCAAGGUGCAGAAAACUUGUGCAUCAAGUUAUCAGAGAAGCUGCAGUCGAAAACCUCAAGCAAAGUCAUCAUUGCUCACUUGCCACUGCUAAUUUGCUGUUUGCAGGGUCUAGGCCGUUUGUGUGAGAGAUUCCCUGUUGUGGUUCAUUCUGUCAAUCCAUCCUUGAGAGACUUCCUUGUGAUACCUUCCCCGGUGCUUGUGAAACUCUACAAAUAUCAUAGCCAGUAUCACACAGGUGGUAAUGACAUCAAGAUUAGUGUAACUAAUGAGCACUCGGAGUCUACUCUAAAUGUAACACCUGGCAAGAAGAGUCAACCAUCUAUGUACGAGCAGCUGCGUGACAUUGCCAUAGACAACAUUUGCAGGUGCUUGAAAGCUGGCUUGACUAUCGAUUCGGUGAUUGUUGAGGCCUUUCUUGCCAGUUUAUCUAACCGACUGUACAUCUCUCAAGAGAGUGAUAAGGAAGCUCAUUUGAUUCCCGACCACACCAUUCGUGCUCUGGGACAUAUUGCAGUGGCACUGAGGGACACCCCAAAAAUGAUGGAACCUAUCCUACAGAUCUUGCAGCAGAAGUUUUGCCAGCCACCAUCUCAUCUUGAUGUCCUCAUCAUUGAUCAGCUGGGCUGCUUGGUCAUCACUGGAAAUCAAUAUAUUUACCAGGAGGUGUGGAAUCUGUUUCAACAAAUCAGUGUUAAAGCAAGCUCAGUUGUUUACUCUGCCACAAAAGAUUAUAAGGAUCAUGGAUACAGACACUGUUCGUUAGCAGUCAUUAAUGCCUUAGCUAACAUCGCUGCUAACAUUCAAGGAGAACACCUUGUGGAUGAGCUGCUGAUGAACUUGCUGGAACUGUUUGUUCAGCUCGGGCUGGAAGGAAAGAGAGCCAGUGAGAGAGCAAGCGAGAAAGGACCAGCACUGAAGGCCUCCAGUAGCGCAGGCAAUCUGGGUGUGCUUAUUCCUGUUAUUGCUGUGCUCACUAGACGCUUGCCACCCAUCAAGGAGGCCAAAGCCAGGUUGCAGAAGUUGUUCCGUGACUUCUGGCUGUAUUCCGUGCUGAUGGGAUUUGCCGUGGAAGGAUCAGGUCUCUGGCCAGAAGAAUGGUAUGAAGGUGUGUGUGAAAUUGCCACCAAGUCUCCCUUACUCACAUUUCCCAGCAAAGAACCACUUCGAUCUGUUCUUCAGUACAAUUCUGCCAUGAAGAAUGAUACUGUGACUUCUGCUGAACUAAAUGAGUUGCGGAGUACCAUCAUCAAUCUCCUGGAUCCUCCUCCAGAAGUGUCAGCGUUGAUCAAUAAGUUGGACUUCGCCAUGUCUACCUAUCUCCUUUCUGUUUACCGCCUGGAGUAUAUGAGGUAU